AUGAAGAAAGCUACAACAUCUACCGAAAAGUGGAAAAUUGUGCAAGAGUAUUGUUCUCAUCAUGGUGUCUUCCGAACAGCAAAUCAAUGUCGAGACCAAUGGGAGCAUAUUUUUCCAGAUUUCAAAAGAAUAAGAGACUACGAGACACAUAUUCCAUCUGGGCACGACAGUUAUUGGAAUAUGACAAGUAGAGAGAGAGUAGAAAAAAGGCUUCCUCCAAAUUUUCCAAAAGAGCUAAUGGAUGCAAUGGAGAUCAAUUUUGGGUCAGAUAGAGCUAUCGAUCCUGGAAAUAUAACUAUUGAUACUUCUGACAACAACUCUACAUCAAGUGAUAGAAAAUAUUAUUCAAAUGAAAAUGUUUCAAUGGACGAAUUUGAUACAGUGAAUGCACCAUGUCAAGGAUCAAUAAACAGUGACAUGAAACAAAAAAAGGCUACACAAGUAAAAAGCGGAAGUCAACAUUGA